UAAUUGAUGUGGAUUAAUGAUUAUAAGAUACCAAAAUAAUGUAAUUAUACCGCAAUAUUUAGUGUUUUAUCAUCAAUAGCACGGUAAAUUUAAAUAUUUAAUCAUGCGACGAUUGCUACUUGUGCUUAGUGUAAUAUUCUUGGUUCGUGCAAAAAAUGAGGAUUAUAAGGGAUAUAAAGUAUAUAACAUCAAAUUGGAAACCGAAAGUCAAGCAGAAAGACUGAACGAACUAAGAGGAGAUCUCAUUGAUUUUUGGAAAAACCCUUCUUUGAAACACAAUGUGAUUGGUAAAGCAAUGGUACCGCCAUCGCAAUUUGACUGGUUUGAAGAAAGACUGGCGUCCAUGAAUCUGAAAAUUGACGUUUACAUUGAAGAUGUUUAUGAACACCUAACUAAAGUAGAAAACAAUUUCAAACGAACAAUGAGAAAUGACGAUGAUAGAGUAUUUGAUUUUGAAGGUUACUACAGGUACGAUGAGAUCGUAACGCACAUAAACGCCCUGAAAGAAGUCGUGUCAGAUACUAACAUAAAUAUAGAAAUCGAAGAAUUUGGAAAAACAGAACAAAAUCGAUCAGUGAUUUACAUCAAAAUAUCUAACUCAACAAAUUCAGAUGAAGUUCGACCAGUAGUUAUUGUAGAAGCUGGUAUUAAUCCUAGAGAAUGGAUUACAAUACCAGCAGCACUUAAUGUGGUGAACAGAUUACUGGAGAGUGACAGAGAUCUCUUGAGCAAAUCUGACUGGAUCAUUGUUCCAGUUGUCAAUCCUGAUGGAUAUGAAUAUACUCAUACUAAUCUCCGUAUGUGGACUAAAUCAAGGAGCACCGGAUCCAACAUGGGUUUCAUUUGCCCUGGAGUUAACAUCAACAGGAACUUUGACGUCGAUUGGCUGGUAUCCGACUCCAGUUCCAGUCCUUGCAGCCAUCUUUACGCCGGUGUGGAGCCUUUCUCCGAAAUCGAAAGCCAGAUCGUAAAACAUUUGAUUGAGACGUAUAGAGACAGAAUAAGACUUUAUGUCUCCUUACAAAAUAAUGGAGGUUUCGUAUCUUACCCUUGGCAGUAUGAAAGAGCUGCCACAGGUAUGUUCCGUCAACACUUACUCCUUGCUUUAGACAUGGUCGCGGCUAUGAACGAAGAAUAUAACGUAGAUGUAGGCUGGUCGGCUAUUGGUGAUAGAGCAUCCGGUACUGGGUCAGAUUUUGCCCAAAAAAGUGGGGUUUUGUAUUCUCUAAACAUAGACGUUGUACAAAGAGGCGAAGAUGGUGUUAAUAUACCUGAAGAAGAAAUUGUAGAUGUGAUUGAAGAUGUAUGGAGAGCUAUUUCAGUUGCUGCCACGACAUUGCUUUCAGAUGAUUAAAUACAAUGUGUUUUUUUUA